AUGGGCAAGCAACAAGACACGACACUCGACCAGCACGUGUCAGGCCAGGCCAACGGCAACGGCCUCUCGAAGCCGGCUCACGCACUCACAUUCACUCAAGUCACAGAGGACAUCAAGGCCAAUGCCGAGAACGGUCUCUCAUCAGCAGAAGCUAAGGAACGACACAGCAAGUAUGGCACCAACGAGCUUGGUGACGCUGGUGGUGUUGAACCUGGAAAGAUUCUCAUUCGACAAAUCGCAAACGCGAUGACGCUGGUAUNNGUGCUCAUCAUGGCUAUGGUCGUCAGUUUUGCAAUCAAGUCGUGGAUCGAAGGCGGUGUUGUUGCAGCAGUUAUCGGGCUGAACAUCGUCAUUGGAUUCAUGCAAGAGUUCAAGGCCGAAAAGACUAUGGAUUCACUCAAAUCGCUCUCUUCUCCUACCGCCAAUGCUGUUCGCGAUGGCAAGACUGUCAACAUCCCCACCGUCGAAAUCGUCCCUGGUGAUAUGGUUGAAAUCAAGACUGGUGACACGGUACCCGCAGAUGUCAGACUCAUCGAAGCAGUCAACUUCGAAACCGAUGAAGCCCUGUUGACUGGAGAGUCCUUGCCCGUCAGAAAAGAUGCCGAAGCCGUAUUCGAUGAGGACACUGGACCUGGCGACCGUCUCAACGUUGCCUACUCUUCCUCGGUCGUUACCAAAGGCCGCGCUCGUGGUAUCGUCUACGCCACUGGCAUGCACACCGAAAUCGGAUCAAUCGCCGCAGCACUUCGCAAGAAGGAUUCGAAAGUGAGACCUGUUAAGCGCAAGCCUGAUGGUUCCGCUAAGCCUCACAGAUACGCUCAAGCGUGGACUUUGACCUUCUCUGAUGCUGUUGGUCGCUUCCUCGGUAUCAACGUUGGAACUCCUCUUCAAAAACAGUUGUCUAGGCUCGCAGUACUGCUCUUCUUCAUUGCUGUUAUCUGUGCUAUCAUCGUCGAGGCUGCGAACAACUUCAGCAGCCAGCAGGAAGUCAUCAUCUACGCUGUUGCCACAGGUCUCAGUAUGAUCCCCGCAUCCCUCGUCGUCAUCCUUACUAUUUGUAUGGCUGCUGGUACCCGAAGAAUGGUUGAGCGCCAUGUCAUCGUCAGAAAUCUUCGCUCGCUUGAGGCUCUUGGUGGUGUCACCGACAUCUGCUCUGACAAGACUGGCACACUGACUCAAGGCAAGAUGAUGGCCAAGAAGGCUUGGAUCCCUGCCAAAGGUACUUACUCAAUUGGAGAGACUGAUGAGACUUCCAACCCUACCGUUGGCGAACUCCAGUUUAGCCCUGAGGAGCCGAGAAACAUUCAAGCUGGAGAAGAGAAGCAUGAUGUUGUCGCUUACAACGAUGAACUCAAAGACAACGAACACCUGGCACACUUCCUCAGAGUCGCUGCUUUGGACAACCUGGCCAUUGUUCAGAAGGACGAGGAUGACAAGUGGACAGCGCGUGGUGACCCUACCGAAAUUGCGAUCCAGGUGUUCGCAGCUCGCUUCGGCUGGAACAGAUCGACUUUCAUCUCUGGCAACAGUCCCAUGUGGAAAGAAAUCGCUGAAUUCCCCUUCGAUUCCGAUGUCAAGAAGAUGUCUGUCAUUUUUGAGGAAGCUGCUACCGGCAAGAAGCAAGUGUUCACCAAGGGUGCUGUUGAGCGGGUCAUUGGCUCCUGUAUCAACCUCCACCAAGAUGAAUCUGGCAAGCCUGUAGAGAUGACCGAAGCCAUUCAAGCAGAAAUCUUGCAGAACAUGGAAGCCAUCGCCUCCCUUGGUUUGAGGUGUUUGGCGUUGGCCAGCAAGGACUUUGAAGGUGAAAUCAACAAGGACGAAGAGGUUGACCGUAACUCCAUCGAGAAUGGUCUGACUUUCCGAGGUCUUGUUGGUCUCUACGACCCGCCCCGCCCUGAAUCCGCCUCUUCAGUUCGCCAGGCUCACGAGGCCGGCAUAAUCGUUCACAUGUUGACUGGUGACCACAAAGGCACUGCACAAGCGAUCGCCGCUGAUGUCGGUAUUCUUCCCACUCACAUGAAAGAUCUAUCCAAGGAAGUCUUGGAUGCUAUCGUCAUGGAAGCUAGUGGCUUCGACAAGCUCAGCGACGACGAGAUCGACGCCCUCCCUGUUCUUCCACUGGUCAUUGCUCGUUGCGCGCCCAACACCAAGGUCCGCAUGAUUGAAGCUCUACACAGACGCAAGGCUUUCGCCGCCAUGACUGGUGAUGGUGUAAAUGAUUCGCCUUCUCUCAAGCGCGCCGAUGUUGGUAUUGCCAUGGGUCAAUCUGGUUCUGAUGUUGCAAAGGACGCUUCUGAUAUCGUCUUGACCGACGACAACUUUGCCAGUAUCCUCAAUGCCGUCGAAGAAGGUCGCCGCAUGUUCGACAACAUUCAAAAAUUCAUUCUUCAUCUUCUCGCUCAGAACAUCGCCCAGGCAUGUACCUUGCUUAUUGGUCUUGUCUUCAAAGACCUCGACGGUCUCUCAGUUUUCCCCAUCUCGCCCGUCGAGAUCAUGUGGAUCAUUAUGAUUACCAGUUCUUUCCCUGAUAUGGGUCUGAGUUUCGAGGAAGCUGUGCCAGAUGUCAUGCGCCGUCNNCCCCCUCAAAGUCUGAAGCGCGGCGUCUUCACGUUUGAAGUUCUCAUCGACAUGCUUGUUUAUGGUCUCUGGGUCGCAGCACUCUGCCUGUGCUCUUUCUGCCUCGUCCUCUACGCAUUCGAAGAUGGCAAUAUCGGUCGCAUUCCCGCUACUGGCUGUAACGCUUCAUGGUCUCCUGAGUGCGAUGUUGUCUUCCGUGCCCGUUCAACUUGCUUUGCCACACUGACAUGGUUCUCUCUCUUCCUUGCCUGGGAGAUGAUCGACCCCCGUCGCAGUUUCUUCCGCAUGAAGCCGGACUCCGACCGCUACUUUACUCAGUGGAUGUUCGAUGUCUGGCGCAACAAGUUCCUUUUCACCUCCGUCGUGGUCGGAUUUGUUCUCAUCUUCCCUGUUCUCUACAUUCCUGUCAUCAACCACGACGUCUUCCGUCACACUGGUAUCUCCUGGGAAUGGGGCAUUGUCUUCAUCGCUACCCUCAUCUUCUUCAUCGGUGUCGAGUCCUGGAAGUGGGGUAAGCGUAUCUACUUCCGCCACCAGGCAGCAAAGUCUGGUCCUGAGGCUCAAGAUAUCGAGACUGCCAUCUUUGGCAAGUACAUGCGCGAUCUUACGCCCGUUGGCAGCUGGUCGCAAUCUACGAUUAAGGAGGAAGCCUGA